GAUGCAUGUGAAGUAAUCGAUGCACCACACAAUACAAUCGCUCUCCCCUAUCAAGUUGCUAUAAUAUUAAAUAAUCAAAGCUUCAGCUUCACUGUUACAGCUAUGUCGCCGAAAUACACGCUCACGUAUUUUAAUGCCAGAGGUGCGGCUGAACCCUGUAGGUUUAUGUUUGCUGUAGCUGGGGUAGAGUACGAAGACAAGCGCGUUAAAUCAGAAGAUUGGCCUGCUAUUAAAGCUGACCAACCAUUCGGCCAGUUGCCGGUACUAACGGUGGAUGGAAAAAAAAUACCACAGUCUAAAGCCAUCUUUAGAUACGUGGCAAGGGAGCAUGGUUUUUACGGUGCAAAUUCAUGGGAAGCUGCUUUGAUUGACAUUGUCUUUGAAACAUGUGACGAAUUCACGUUUCCGUUGAUGAAAUGGUAUCUUGAAAAGGAUCCAGCCAAGAAGGAGGAAGAAAAGAAGAAUGUCUUAGAGGUUAUACCAAAGAUUUUCGAAAAGUUGGAGAAAUGUUUGAUCCACAAUAAAAAUGGAGACGGCUGGUUCGUUGGAGACAAGUUGUCGCUUGCUGACUUCGUAUUUCUGUCGUUGCACGAAAGACUGGCGCUAUACGCAACCGUCGAGGACGUCGACCAGUUCCCAAAACUAAAGGGUUUGGUGGCGCGACUCACAGCUCAAAAAGAGAUUGCCGAAUGGAUCGCAAAACGACCUAAGACUGAGAAUUAAAAAUGCUGAAAUACACUUUAAGCUGAAAUAGACUUUAUGCUCGUAACUGUAAUGAUCAAAUAAAUAAGUUAUGAUGCCACAGUUUGUGCAUAAAUAGUCUUUAGGGAAUCGUUUCAUAUCCGCUACAAGUCUGAAUGUUAUGUUGGAAGUUUUAGUGUUACUCUAGUCGUACAAAGGAGGUUAGAGACUUAUUAUACCUUCUUGCUCGAGGCCUUAUAAAAUUGAAGAAUGUGUAUGGUUGUAGUUCUAAUAAUUUGAUCUUCUUUAUAGAUAAUUUGAGAAAAAAUGUAUUGCUUAACAAAAUAUUUUUUUCCACGUACAAUUUGUACGCAUAUUAUCCGUAUCCAACCUUUAAUAUUACAAAUCUGUAUCUGUAAUGUUCGCAAAUUUGAAAAAGUCAUUUCGCAAACUGCCUGGUAACACUUCAAUUUAAGAGGUCGAGCUAAACAAAUGCCUAUGAUUUGCUUAUUAUGUGUGCAUAUCAUGCCCAAAUAUGGGCAGGUCACAGAGAAGUUCACGUAAAAUCUGAUGGUAGUGUGAACCAGGCCUAGUGUCGUCUGCUUUCUAGUGUAGGAACGCUUUAAGAAAAUAAAACUACAGAACAAAAAGAAAGAAA